UGUAUAUAUAUAUUUUUUGGUUGCUUCGAUUUCAUUUCCUUAAUUUUGUGGGUUUUCAUCUUAGCAGUAUUUUGAGUACUCCAGCUCCAACCAAAGUCAAGAAAAUUUAGAAACUAACAUGUAGUACAAUUAAAAUUACAUUUAAAUUGAGAUAUAUGAAGAUUUGAAAAUAGAUAUAAUCCUAUCACAGGUUAGGCAGAUACCAAAAAUACCGAAUUUGACGGUGACAAGGUCAACCAAUGUUUUUCAAUGGAGUUCUCUCUCCCCAUUCCAACCCCAAAAUUGAAACCUAUUCUUAGGAAUUCUGAAAUGGAGUUUGCCAGCUCCAUCACCAUUCCUUCACCCACCAGCUCAUGACAACCAUGACACACCAUCCCAAUCCCCCCAAAAUAAACAAAAAACGAGAAGCCAAAAAAAAGAUUCAAGAGAAUUCCCAUCUCUUCGGGCAGCGGCACGCUUCUCCCUGCAGGAGGUCACCUCUUCGAUCUCCGGCUGAUUACCACCCAUGGCCGCUGUUCGUCUCCUUUCCUCUCUCCUUCUCUCCCUCCUCUUUCUCUCCUCCCUUUCUCUCUCCGUCCCCGAAUCCGAAGCCCUCCUCAAGCUCAAAAAAUCUCUUUCCAACACAGAAGCUCUUGAUUCUUGGCAACCAAACACCUCCCCAUGCAACAAAAAACAACCCUGGAUUGGCCUUGUGUGUAAUGGCGACACCACGACCGGUAUCCAUCUCACCUCCAUGGGUCUCUCUGGAAAGAUCGACAUUGAUGUCUUGCUUGAACUGCCUAAUCUUCGAACUAUCACGUUGAUCAACAACCAUUUCUCUGGUCCAUUGCCACCGUUCAAUCGUAUUGGUGCUUUGAAGGGUCUCUACUUGUCCUUCAACAACUUUUCGGGCGAAAUUCCUCUUGAUUUUUUCUCCAAAAUGGGGUCUUUGAAAAAAGUGUGGCUUUCCGGGAACAAAUUUACCGGGAGAAUACCCGAGUCAUUCGGACAAAUACCACACCUUAUAGAACUCCACAUAGAAAAGAAUGAAUUCUCCGGUCUUAUUCCUCCCAUGGAACAAUCUUCUUUAAUUUCACUCGAUUUGUCGGACAACAAACUAGAGGGUGAAAUCCCGGCCAGCAUGUCGAGAUUUGACCCGGGUACGUUCAAAGGAAAUCCCGGGCUAUGCGGGAAGCCUGUGGGCAAGGAAUGCACCAAGCAGGCGGCAGUAGAUAAUGGACAAGACGAAGUUGAAGCACCACCGCCUAUGAACAAGUCCACAACGGGGUGGGUUGUAAUAGGCCUGAUUGGUUUCGUGCUCUUGCUGACAAUAUUCUUUCGGUCCAAACAAAGAGAAGACCGGUUUGGGGUAAGGCCUUGUGUACAGUUUUAUUUAAUGGAAGUCCGCAUUCGAAGUUCGAACCGAAGGAGUAGUGUCGACUCGAGCCUCAGCCAGAAAGGUGGCGGCGGUGGGUCCACUCGGAGAGGCUCGUCACGUCACGGGAAGGGCAUGGGGGAUCUGGUGGUGGUGAACGAGGAGAGGGGCUUUUUUGGGUUAGCAGAUUUGAUGAAGGCAGCAGCAGAGGUGCUGGGGAGUGGCGGUUUGGGGUCGGCAUACAAGGCAGUGAUGGCGAAUGGAGUGUCGGUGGUGGUGAAGAGAAUGAGAGAGAUGAAUAAAAUAAGUAAGGAUGCGUUUGAUACCGAGAUGAGGAGGUUAGGAAGGCUAAAACACCCAAAUAUCUUGACACCAUUGGCUUACCAUUACAGGAAAGAUGAGAAGCUGUUGGUGUCUGAGUAUGUUUCCAAAGGCAGCUUGUUGUAUAUCUUGCAUGGUGAUCGCGGAAUUUCGCAUGCCGAGCUAAAUUGGCCUGUUCGUCUUAAGAUUAUCAAGGGGGUUUCCCGAGGAAUGGGUUUCCUCCAUAACGAAUUCGCAUCAUACGAGCUACCCCAUGGAAAUCUAAAGUCGAGCAAUGUUCUUCUAGACUCCACAUACGAGCCACUUCUCUCCGACUACGCUUUCUAUCCCCUAAUCAACAGCACUCAAGCUGUACAAGCGAUGUUUGCCUAUAAAUCCCCAGAAGCCAUUCUAUACCAACAAGUCACCCGAAAAAGUGAUGUUUACUGCCUAGGAAUCAUAAUCCUUGAAAUCCUCACCGGAAAAUUCCCUUCCCAGUACCUCAACAACCAAAAGGGUGGCACCGACGUUGUGCAGUGGGUCCGGUCAGCGGUUUCUGAGAGAAGAGAGACCGAGUUGAUUGAUCCGGAGAUUGCGAGCGCCACUGCGACUUCUCUUGCUGAGAUGGAAAAACUCAUCCAGGUUGCAGCUGCUUGUACAGAAAGCAAUCUCGAUCAACGGAUUGAAAUGAAGGAAGCGAUUAGGAGGAUAGAAGAGAUACAACAAGUCUGAGAGGCAUUGGUUCCAUGAUUCUUAGGUUAGUGCAAACUGUGGCUUUUGUUUUGUUGUAGGAGAGAGAGAGAAAGAAAGAAAGAGAAACAGAAGAGAAGAGAGAGAGAUAUGGAUAGACAUGGUUGUCAAAAACACUAGCCGAUCCUUCGAACAUGCUCUGCACACAUGGUUGAUAAAUGAAACUCCUUAAAAAUAUGGAAUCAACUAUCUGUGUAAGAAAAGGAUCGAAGAUGAAACAGAGAUGAUAAUCAAUUUUGCCUUUUUCACACUUCACAACAACCUACUUGAAUGCUUCCAAAUCAA